AACCCUUCUUCUCGGCGGCUCCUCAAAACCCUAGCCCGCCCCAAAAUCAAAACCCUAAUCGAGGUUGAGGAUGGGAAGCGACAGCGAGAAUGAGAAGUCGAUCAAGGAGAAGAAGAAGGUCGUCACGCUGGCUCCGAUCGCCAAGCCGUUUGCCGGCAAGAAGCUCUGCAAGCGCACACUCAAGCUUGUCCGAAAAGCUUCAGAGUCUAAAUGCUUGAAGAGAGGAGUAAAGGAAGUUGUGAAGAGCAUCCGUCGUGGUAACAAAGGAUUGUGUGUGAUAGCAGGAAAUAUCUCCCCAAUUGAUGUGAUCACACAUGUACCAAUCUUAUGUGAAGAAUCAGAUAUUCCCUACAUAUAUGUUCCUUCAAAGGAGGAUCUCGCAACGGCCGGCACAACAAAAAGACCGACAUGCUGCGUGUUGGUCCAAACAAAACCGACAAAGGGCGAACUGGAUCAAGAUGUUCAGGAGAAGCUGCAGAAAGAAUACCAACAGGUUGUAGCUGAUGUAGUAGAAGUUACAUCCUCCCUUUUCUGAUAACUAUAUCGAAAAUCACCAGAUCAUCCCGUAGUCCAUGCUUGAACUACAAUGCAAUGCUGCUAUCUUUUUUCUCAUUUUCGAUUGAGCUAUCGAUUUUAAGUAUUUUUGUAAACACAUAAGACUACAGAAGCUGAAGUAUGUCCGAAAAUCAUCUUUAACUUCUAGUGUAAUGAUAUUUGGCAGUGAAUGGUAUGGACUUAUAUCUUAAAUCACAAUGGAACAUUUGAACUUUUAUUCUUA